AUGGCGUCGUCGUGCGUCGAAAAUGAGGAGGGCUUCCUCAUCGAUCUGCUGCUCACGGGAGGUCUCAGCUCUGCAAGUGCGGUCCAGGUCGGAGAAUUCUUGUGCUCCAAGCUGGGCGGCGUGUCCAACAGAUUCUCGAGCCACACGCUGGCCAUCGACAAUGUGUACCUGCUCUUCUCGACCUACCUCGUCUUCUCGAUGCAGAUUGGCUUCGCCAUGCUGUGCGCGGGCUCGGUGCGGGCCAAAAACACCAUGAACAUCAUGAUGACCAAUGUCCUGGACGCAGCCGCGGGAGGCAUCUCGUUCUAUCUGUUCGGAUUCGGCUUCGCCUUCGGGCGCAGCGAGCACAACAAUUCGUUCAUCGGCAGCAAUUUCUUCAGCCUGCACAACAUCCCCGACCGAUCGAACGGAUUCGACUACAGCUUCUUCCUCUUCCAGUGGUCGUUCGCCAUCGCCGCCGCCGGCAUCACCAGCGGCUCAAUCGCCGAGCGUACGCAGUUCGUCGCCUACCUGGUGUAUUCGUCGUUUCUCACCGGCUUCGUGUACCCCAUCAUCGCGCACUGGAUGUGGUCGGUCGACGGCUGGCUGGGCGCCACCGGCCCCACGCGGUUGUUCGGCGUGGGCGCCAUCGACUUCGCGGGCAGCGGCGUCGUCCACAUGGUGGGCGGCAUCGCGGGCCUCUGGGGGGCGUACAUCGAGGGACCGCGCAUCGGCAAAUUCACCCGCGACGGCUCGCCCGGCAUGGACAUGAAGGGGCACAACGCGUCGCUCGUCGUGCUCGGCAGUUUCCUCCUCUGGUUCGGGUGGUUCGGGUUCAACCCGGGAUCGUUCGUCAAAAUCCUGGUGCCGUAUGACGGGUCGGACUUCGAGGGCAACUGGACCGGAGUCGCCCGCACCGGCGUCACUACCACGCUGGCCGGCUGCGCGGCCGCGCUCACCACGUUAUUCGCGCGCCGCUACUACACGGGCCACUGGAACGUGGUUGAUGUGUGCAAUGGCCUGCUCGGGGGCUUCGCUGCUAUCACGGCCGGCUGCUCCGUGGUCGACCCCUGGGCUGCGCUGCUCUGCGGCUUCGGGGCGGCCUGGGUGCUCAUGGGCUUCAAUUACAUGGCGGACGUGUUCAAGUACGACGAUCCUCUGCAGGCGGCGCAGCUGCACGGCGGCUGCGGGGCAUGGGGGCUGCUCUUCACGGGCCUCUUCGCCAACGAGAAGUACGUGCUCGAGGCAUACGGGCCAGGCCGGGGCCACGGCUACCUCCUGGGCGGGGGCGGCAAUUUGCUCGCCGCGCAGCUCGUGUCGAUUCUGGUGAUUUUCCUGUGGGUGACAGUGACCAUGGUGCCGUGCUUCUGGUUUCUGAACAAGAACGACCUGCUGAGGAUCGACACCGACGACGAAUUGGCAGGUAUGGAUCUCACGUGCCAUGGUGGCCCGGCUUAUUACAAUGACGAUCAGCCGUACCACUCGUACGCAGAAUACCUCGACCAGAAAUACGAAAAGACUCGGGGCCGGCGACACGGGGGCGACCAGCUGGCGUGA